UGGAAACCCGUGAACACGGCACUUAUCCCUCUCCUGAAGAACAUGACGUCAAAAUACUGCGACUCAUUUGAAUCGCAGGUUUUAAGGAUUUAAGCAAGGCUUUGUUUGGCUAGCACUACUAGCAGGCAACCAAAACAUCCAGAGAUGGACAGUGAAGUUCAAAGAGAUGGCAGGGUUCUUGACCUUACAGAUGAUGCUUGGAGGGAAGACCGUCUACCUUAUGAAGAUGUCACUAUUCCGUUGAGUGAACUGCCUGAAGCUGAGCAAGAUAAUGGAGGAUCAACAGAGUCUGUGAAAGAACAAGAAAUGAAGUGGUCAGAUUUGGCUCUACAGAGUCUGCACGAGAAUACACCUAACACUGGGACUUAGCUACUCUGUGAAUGGAUAUGGUGCCCAAUCCAAUGUACCUGUGGUUGAAUUUAUCUGUAAUUUCCUCUAGUCUUACAAUGGUCAAAAGAAAAWCAUUGUGGUAUUCUCAUUCAUGUAAAAGACCACCCCUCUCUCAAACCCACAAUUUGUCUUGCAGUUCAAUAACUYAACCUGGAGUGAAGCAUCCUUGGACUAUUUGUAGAUUUUCUUAUUGGUCCGACAGAAAUAGAAUGUCUGAAAACUGAGUAUAUGCAAUGAAGCAAAAAUAAACAUAACAUUUCAUACAU